UUAAUGUGGAAAGAGGGGAAAAGAAAAGAAAUCCCAAGUUCGCUUUGUUUGUUCUUGUUGAUGGAAGUGAUUAAGUACGUAUUUGAAAUGAUUAGGUAUUGAGACAGGAGAUUUAGAAAAAAGAGAUGAUUUGUUUUCACAGAUUCUGCGAGAUGAGGCAGUGGCAAGGCUUUAUGAGCUUGGAAAGGUGAGUGAUGCUAGUGGUUAUUUGGAGAGGACAUUCUUGAGUCCUGCAUCCAUGAGGGCAAUUAAUCUUAUUCGUAAAUGGAUGGAGGAUGCUGGUUUGAGAACGUGGGUGGACCAAAUGGGAAAUGUGCAUGGUCGAGUUGAUGGUGCUAAUGCAAAUGCUGAAGCCUUAUUGAUUGGAUCUCACAUGGACACUGUUGUUGAUGCUGGGAUGUUUGAUGGAUCACUAGGAAUAGUCUCUGCAAUAUCCGCCUUGAAGGCUUUGCAUGUCAAUGGAAAGCUGCAAACGCUAAAGCGCCCUGUUGAGGUGAUUGCAUUUAGUGAUGAAGAGGGUGUAAGAUUUCAAACUACUUUCUUGGGCAGUGGUGCUGUAGCUGGUAUUUUACCUGCUACAACAUUGGAGAUAUCUGAUAAGAGGUUUCACCUAGGAACUUUCUGGUUAUAUUUUUGGUAAAUUUGUGUAUGAUCAA